UUUUGGCAGCUGAUUUUGGUGCGGUGAAAAAAGCAUGGCCAGCUGCUGAAUUGGGAGAUAAUUUGUCAAAUUUCAGGUGAUUAACGCAAAUUUCUGAUUCGAAAUCUUCAAGGCCGCAUCCGAUAUUAAUUUUAAUUGAAACAAUGCGUUCCUAAGUCGGCAGUGAUAGUGAUCAGUCUCAGGAGAAGUAAAACCAAGUGAAAACCGUGAGAGAAUGUCGUACUGCCGGGCCGAGGGCAAGGACAAGAUCAUCUUCGCAACAGCCGAGGAACAUGCGAAGGAAAGCACCGUCAAACUGCCUGAGCCUGAGGAGAGGCCAGGACUGAUUUUGCCUGACGGAGAGAUCAACUGGAACUGUCCGUGUUUGGGCGGGAUGGCGACCGGGCCGUGCGGCGUCGAGUUCCGGGAGGCCUUUUCCUGUUUCCACCACAGCCAGGCCGAGCCCAAGGGGAGCGACUGCUAUGACGCCUUCAGCAAAAUGCAGGAGUGCAUGGUGCAGUACCCUGAGAUCUACGACAAGAGGUCGGAGAGAGGCGAGGACGACGAGGAAGAAGAUCCGAUGGCAGCUUUGGCAGCGGAAAGUGCGAAGAAGGACGACAAGGGAAGCGAAGAAUCGAAUAAAGAGGCAAAGAAGGAGUAGUUGCAAGAAAAGACUUUGUUAGAAAAAUGAGUUUGUUUUUUUAUAUUAAAAAGAAGGAAGGAAUUGUUAUACCUGUUUGACGUGGGCAUUCAGUUUGUUGAAGAGAGGUCUCAAAAGCCGAUAUGUAAUGUAUUAGGUAGCCCAGUGCCCAGCAUUUAUUAGGGCAGAAGUGAAAUGAAAUUAUAUAUGUAAUCUGGAAAUGUGAAACUUCAUUAUUGUCCCGUUGCAAAAGUACUUAAAUUCGUUAUUAGAAUUCUACAAAUUAAUUUAAUAUUUUUUCUGUUUUUGGCUCUUGGGAUGGAAUCGAUUUAUGCCACAGUGAUUCCCAGAGAGCUUCUAGUUUCUGAACAUCGUUUGUCAUUUUUUUUCCACCAAUCGCUGAUGAAGUCCCUCUUUGUCUGUGGUGCACUCGGGUUGCCACAAUAAUUAUGCUAGUGAGGCCAAAGUCACAAGAUGCCAUGCCCCUGUGGCUGCAUGCAAAUUUCAGGGGCGAAAAUAAAUCAGUUGAAUUAAAUUCUAAUUGUUUUAUUCAGAUCUUUCAAAUUGGUGAAUCGUAGAAAAAUGAAAAUUAUUUCUUUCAACUAUAUUUGAAGAAAAGAGCUCUAAUUAAGCUUAUUAGUUGUAAAAUAUAUAGAAAAAAGCCAGGUAAUUAAAUAGUACGGCAAUGUAGGUUAAAUCUUCGGAAAAAAAUA